AGAGACGCUGCUGAAACCCACAGCACUCUUCAUUAAACAUUUGCCAAGAUGAAUUCUCCUGAGCCUUCUCAAGCCAGGAAUCAAACCACAUCCAUCUCAGAGCAGACUGCCCCACCAGCAGAGGCACCUGGACAAGACAAAGGAGCAACUAAUCAGAAUACACCCAGCUCAGAGCAGCCUACCACACCGGCAGAAAAAGCACGUGUACAAGACAAAGGAGUCAGUACUCAAAGUACAUCCAGUUCAGAACAGACUGUCCCAACUGCAGAAGAAGCAGCUGUACAAGAGAAGGGAGCAAAUAAUGAAAAUACACCCAGCUCAGAGCAGACUACCAAACCAGCAGAAAAGGCACUUGUGCAAGAAAAGGGAGUCAGUAAUCAAAGUACAUCCAGCUCAGAACAGACUGUCCUACCUGCAGAAGAAGCAACCGUACAAGAAAAGGGAGCCAGGAAUCACAGUACAUCCAUCUCAGAGCAGACUGACCCGCCAAGAGGAAAAGGACCUGGAAGAAACAAGGGUGUGCUUCAGAAAACUACAUCUAAUUCUGAAACUGAGAGGGGCAGUGAUGCAAAGGAAGACAUCAUAUUUAACAUCAUUCUGCUGGGACAAACUGGGACUGGGAAGAGUGCGACUGCAAACACCAUCCUGGCUGCUGGGAAGCACCACAAGGACAAAGGCCAGGGUUUUGAAGCCAAGCCAAGCUCCAUACCAAUCACCACCAAGUGUAAGGACAAAAUAAUCGAGAUAUGUGGAACAAAAGUUAGACUGGUCGACACCCCAGACUUCUUUUAUGAAGAUAAACCUAUAGAGGAGGCACAAGUAGAGGAGUGUAAGAGGUACUGUCAGGAAGGUCAGUGUGUAGUGUUACUUGUGAUACAGUUGGGCAGGUUCACAGAUGGUGAAAUAGGAAUAUUAGAGAAACUGGAAGACAAGCUUGGCUGGAAAAUCAGGAAAAACACAAUUGUCCUAUUUACACAUGGAGAUGAUUUGAAAGGCACAGUGGAUCAGUUUAUCGGCAACAGGAGUUGUCUCAAGCACAUUGUGAAAUCUUGUAACAAUCGUUACCAUGUAUUCAAUAACAACUCCAAGGAUACUAAACAAGUCAGGGAGCUCUUUGAUAAAUUUCGUGAAGAAAGCUUUUUAAACUCAAAACCACAUUCACAGUGCCCUUUAUUCUAGCUACUGCUGAUUCAGGGGUGUGAAGUGUAAUUUUCUGAUGGCAUGUGAACUAAUUUUACAUUAAACCUAGAUAUCAUGAUUUGCCAUUUUGUUUCAUCUUGAAUAUUUAGCCAAACUGAAAGGACAUUAGUAAACAAUGUAUAAUUUUUCAUCAGACUGCCAAAGUUGGUGAUACAACCUCUAGCUCUUAUGUAUGUAUAUGAAAUAGUGCAGUCAGUUAUAAAGACUAACUUUAAAAGACUUAGAAACAUGCUGAGGAGAGCUUGCUGUGAAAUUAAAGUGGUUCCUAAGCAACAUACAGAUUAAAUGUUUAUGAAUAAAUUGAAUACAUUUUUGAUUUUAUUUACCUAUUUUUUUUCUGUGACUGAUGUUUGGACAACACAAAAGACUUCAAACUGGAAAUGCAGUGAAAAAUAAAUUAUACAACACACUCACAUAGCCUUAACACAUGUUAAAGCUAUAAUAUGCUUCUACUUAUUCCAUUACUGGCUCAUUAGUGUGUUCUCGAGUUUUUGCUGAAAUGCGCAUUGGGGAAGUGAAAACAAACUGAAAGAAUAGAAGCUUCAAACUUCUAUUUUCCACUGUAUCAUCAUAUGAAAAGUUGCAGCUUUUUAUGUUUGUAGCCUGAUAAUUCAAAUUUCAUUAGAUCUGACUGUUAUCCCUUCCAUAUCACAUCUACCUCAGUGCUUUUUCUCUAGCUCAGUGAAUUCCUCUCUAGUCCCUAAAUGGAUCUUUCAGGCCAAAGCCGCCUUCUAAAAAUGCAUGGGCAUCUGGUAUUCUAAUGAUAGCUUGUUUUACUAAACAAUAAAUGUACCAAUAGCAUACAGAAUAAAUAGGCUAAACACAAAUAAAAGUUAUUAUUCAGAGGACAAAGGUGACACGUGGCCGUUUGUAAUUUGCAGGUGUUUGUCAAUUUAAACAUACAUUCAGUUUCUCCUCUGAAUGUGCAAUGAAUGUAGUAUUGUAGAAAAAAAGUCAUCAAUAUAUACAUUAUCAUUUGGCAUUAAUUUUCUCGCUGUUCUUUUUUUUUCUUGUUUCUGUGCAAUAAACUGCCACUGCUACCUGUACUCUUGCUCAUGAACACAUUCAUUUAUGAUAACAUUACUACUACCAUCAGUGAAAAGGUGCUGUUAACCGUACUGCUUUAUUUUGCAAUGGACAUGUAACUGUGUAUGAAUAUUUUGCUAAAACUGUCAGAAGGAGUGCCUGAACUAGAAAAAAGAAUGUUUGCAAAAGUUAAUCAAACAUCACAUCAUCAGCUAGCUAUAAAAUAAUAGACCAUUAUUAGCCAACACUUUAAAGUCUUUGUUAUAUUUGUCAGA